UCGUUGAAUUCAAUUCGAGUUUAGACUUCGCAGCGUUCAGACGUGUUCGGAAAACCUGAAAACCAUUCGAGUGGCAAGACACAUAGCCAACAAUAAUAAGAAACGCCAGUCAACUGUGGUCACCGAUCGAGAGUGUUUCGUUUCGAGUGAAAAAGUGAAAACAGAGCCAAAACACAAAUCGCUUGGCCAGCAAAUUGAAAAAGUGCUACACAGACCAGAGUUAAAUUCUCUGCUCAAAACUACAAGUGUUAAAUCGCCGAAUUUCUUUGGAUUAACCAACGUUUGCCGACGCAUUUCUGUGGAUUAACCUCAUCGUCGCCGAAGCAAAGCUACGCAUUUGUAGCCUUGUCUCGCAUCUCACGUGGAUUACCCUCGAGAAACCACACUAAGCAACUGAAAUGGUUGUCUUGGAAGGAGGCGGCGGCGUUGUUACCAUCGGUAACAACCAGUACCUUCAACCGGAUUAUCUGGCCCCAUUGCCAACGACGAUGGACGCCAAAAAGAGUCCCUUGGCUCUGCUCGCACAGACUUGCUCCCAAAUUGGAGCGGACUCGUCGGCGGUGAAACCCCUGUUGGCGAUGGACAAGAACAAGACAAAGCCCGGAGCCUGCUCCUCGUCGUCGAACUCAUCGAGUUCCUCGAGCAGUGCUGAGAUCUCGGCAGCCAAGUCGCCCUCCGGCCAGGCCAAAUCGCCCAAGUCGAGCACUCCAAUCAGCUCGACGGCAACCAGCACAAGUCUGGGUAACACCAGCACCGGAGAGAUCAAGCUGGCCUUUAAGCCCUACGAGACCAAUGUGCUGAGCCACCAGAACCAGAACUCCUUCAAAAGCAGCUCCUCUCUGGAGGCGGAACCCACGCGUCCCAGCUCCAAGAACUCCUCGUCCGCCCAGGAGCGAGUGCCAUCGCGCAGCAAAUCCAAUGCCACGCCCACAGAUGGCGGCAAGGUGGAGAUCUCCGCGCACGAUUCCUCAUCCAGCCGGAAGACUGUCUCCCCGUCGGGAUCGUCGCAACGCGGCGCCAGUCCCAUUGUGCGCUCCGGCAUGGAGGUGCUGAACAAUGCCAACGGCACCGCCCAGCAUCCCAAGGAGAUGAGCAGCAUGGCAGCGGCGGCAGCAGCAGCAGCAGCGGCUUACAAGGCCGCCGGACCCUAUGGCCUGAAUCCCCUGUCCGCCCUGUGCUGCCCGCCCGGAAUGGAGCAGCACGCCAAUCCCGCUUUCCGGCCACCCUUUGCCGGAGGAUUCUCACACCACCACGCCGCCAUGUUGGCGGUGGCCGCCAAUGGAGUGUAUCCAGGAGGGGCUCCCGGCGGCGGACCAGCCGGACAGCCCAAUCCGUACAUCAGCUACCAGCGCAUCAAGACACCAGCUGGCGGAGAGGCCAUAGUGCCCGUUUGCAAGGAUCCGUACUGCCAGGGCUGUCCCUACUCGGCGCACACGCAACAAAUGCUCAUGGGCGCCCCCUGCCCCGCCGGAUGCACCCAGUGCGAGCACCAGAAAUACGGCCUGGCCAUGGCCAGUGCCGCCGGACUGCCACCAGCUCAUCCGUACUCCCAGGCGGCGGCCGCGGCUGCGGCAAACGCGGCGGCAGCCCGCUCGGCACCCUACGUGUGCAGUUGGGUGGUGGGCGAUGCCUACUGCGGCAAGCGGUUCCAGACCUCCGACGAGCUCUUCUCCCACCUGCGCACCCACACGGGCAACCUCUCCGAUCCGGCGGCUGCUGCGGCGGCCUUGGCCCAAUCGCAGGCUCAAUCCCUGCUGGGAACCCUAUUCCCGCCAUCGGCUCUGCGGGCUGGCUAUCCCACGCCACCACUGAGCCCCAUGUCGGCGGCUGCGGCAGCGGCGAGGUAUCAUCCCUACGCCAAGCCACCACCAGGCGCCAUGGCCGGAGGACCCUCGCCCUUCGGCGCCGCUGGAGCCUUCAAUCCCGCCGCAGCGGCUGCGGCAGCUGCUCUGGGACCCUACUACUCGCCAUACGCCAUGUACGGCCAGAGGAUGGGAGCGGCUCAUCAGUGAAGUGACUUUCACAAAAGUUAGAUACCAAAAAAAAAAAGGGGAUUACAUUGAAGAGACAACCAGAGAUAUAGGAUGAAACCGUUUCCAAACCCUGUUUGAGAUAAUUUCAUAGAAAACAAAAAAGAUUAAAACACAAAACGAUUGCAAAGGCUGACACACAUCUCUGGCUUUUGCGCUAUUCUGUGAUACUAAACUGUAGUUUAAAGAGCGCUAGUUACACUUAAGUUUCGCAAACAGAAAAUAAUCAACCACCUAAAGAGCAGUAGCAGACGCAAAAAUAGCAGGAUCACUCUUCUAUCAUCGUAAAUGUCUACAUUGUCUACAUAGGUAAAAAGGAGUGCAGCCAACACGAAGUUUACUCACUUCCAUUUGUUCUCAAAGUUCAACCAAAGUUUUUUAAGUCUUAGCCAGAACGCAUUCUACAACUUCCAAUUUUGUUAACGAAGAACCCAUUGCUGAGAUGUUCAAACAUUGUUUUAGUUUAACUUCGCUUUAAGUUCUAUUAACUAUUAUUACGAUUACGAUUACGAUUAUCUGCAAGCAUACAAGAAACCAACAAUUGAAAUAAUGUUCUUUAAGUCAACUUAUAUGUAAAGUAAGCGUAAUGAAUAUUUGUAAUACCAACCAAUCAGAGAUAAAAAAUGAAAAAAAAAAUAAUAAUUACGAAAAAUAAAAAUGAAUAUUUCAUAUAAUUAUGUACUGUGUGUAAAUUCUAUAAAUAUAAAACUAGAUUUGCUAUUUACUCCUUGAUGUACGCAAACCACAAUACGAUCUACACGAGAAGCCACGGAAUAUCAAACAAAAGUAACUUAAUAUACAUACAACACAUUCGUAUAAAACUGAGAAAUAUACAAGAAAAAACCAUUUUUAGAAGCAUAA